AUGAGCGCUCUUGAAGUGCUCCAGGCAAAUCUGCACCAUGCUAAGGGAGCAUCGGCCACCUUGUGCAGAAUUGCCCAAACCGACAACAUCGCUCUAGGACUUAUCCAAGAGCCGUGGGUGUUUGGUGGCCACAUUCGGGGUCUCAACACAAAAUCAGGUAAGCUGGUUUAUGACCGUUCGAUAGCAGUGCCACGUGCAGCUAUCCUAAUCGGUGGAGAUGUAAAAUAUCUUCCGUUAACCAACUUUAUUUCUAGAGACCUAGCAGCGGUUCUAGUCGAAGUCCCAACACUAGGAGGGGCCACAGAUAUAGUCAUGGCCUCUGCCUACUUCCCAGGUGAUGAAGAAACCAUUCCACCAUCGGAAGUCCAGCAGCUGAUCAACUUCUGCAAGUCCACUGGGCGGCAGCUAAUCUUGGGCUGUGACGCUAAUGCUCACCACACAGUGUGGGGGAGCAGCAACGAUAACAAAAGGGGUGAGUACCUAUUAGAUUAUAUUAUGUCGAUAGGAUUAAGUAUAGCUAACAAAGGUAGUAAACCCACUUUUAUUAAUGCAAUUAGAGAAGAGGUAUUAGAUCUCACUCUUUGCACCAGAGGUAUUGAGGAAUCUAUAUGGAACUGGCGAGUGUCCGACGAAGUGUCCCUCUCAGACCAUCAACAUAUUAGGUUUGAAAUUCCCGGUAUAUCCGAGCAGCAAGAUAAAGUGUACCGACCACAGAAAACCAAUUGGCUUAGGUACAGGGACUUGGUGGGUUCCGAAAAUUUUUCUCUAGCUAGGCCACUAAGAACUCGUGAAGAGAUAGAGUUGGCUGCAAACCAUUUAGGUGAGGUUUUACUGACCUCCUUUCACAACAGCACGGUUGCAGGUAAUGCUUCAAUUAGAGGUAAGGUUCCUUGGUGGAACUCGCAACUAGCUAAUAAGCGUAAACUA